AUGUUUAUUUUAAUUUCAAUAUUGAUUUCUAUUCUCAUUGCUUUUCUAUUUGCAUUUCCACGCUAUACCGAACGAGAUGAUUCCGCUACGUUACAGAAAUAUUUAUCUAUCAAACAAGAUUAUUUAUUAUCUGUUAUGACAUUUAAUAUUCGUUUCGAUGGAGUAGAACGUGAUCCAAACAAUCAUUUUACAAAAAGAAUUUCUCGUUUAACAGAAACUAUUAAAAAAUGGCAGCCCUCUAUUUUAAACGUACAAGAACCAUUUACCAGCCAACUUCUACAUUGGCGAUCUCAUCUACCAGAAUAUUAUCAUUGCAUUGGUUAUCAACCUGAUGGUAUCGAUAGGAAUCUUGAACAUCCAUCAUCGCAAAGAGAUUUUCAAGUUGCUAUUUUAUAUAAUAGUCAAAUAUUAAAAUUGGUAGAACAAGAUUAUAUAUGGUUAUCAAAAUCACCACGAGUUGUUGAAAGCAAAGAUUGGGAUAGUUCUGGUGCACGAACGUUGAAUAUUGCAAGAUUUCAAUUAAUAAAUAAUGAUAACGAUACCGCUGAUAUUAUUGUUUUUAAUACUCAUUUAGAUGUUAAAAGUGAACAAGCACGGCAGGAACAAGCGAAAAUUAUUCGAUUAACAAUAGAACAAUGGCAAAAUAAAUAUCCAACAGCUGCUGUUCUUUUAUUGGGAGAUUUCAAUUCUGUUCCAAAACAAGCUGCAUAUAAUAUUUUAACUUCUUCAGAUUUUUUAUAUGAUACUUGGACGAUUUGUAAAUCUAAUACAAUGAUGUGCAUAUCGAAUUCAUUUUCAACAACAUUUCAUGGUUGGUUUGGAUCAAUUGUUAAUACUUAUGGGUUUCAAUUACUGCAAACAAUAUUAUUUACAUUGAGUAGUUCAGGUAUAAAACUACCGUAUGAAAUACCCAAACAUCUUUCUUCGUAUAUCGACAUUGUAAAAGAAUUAUGGCAAUUUCGACGGAUGGUAAAUUUAUCAGAAAUGAUUUCACUAUGGUAUCACCAUCGAUUUCAUGUUGAUUGGAUUUUAUAUAAAAAUUCACUUGACGGAACCAAUUAUUUGCAACCUCGAUUUAUAGCCGUUGUAGACAUUCGAUCUAGAAAUUAUUCUUCAGAUCAUUUUCCUGUUGUUGCUUUGUUUCAAUUAAAACAUCAUAGAGACAAUUGA